AGUAACUUUGAUUGUCCAGCAGUUUUCACAACACUGUCUCUCUCCUGAGUCAACCAAGUUCCGUGUAGUAUCGCUUAAAACAUGUCUUAUAAACCAGUAACACACGUGCUUUUUGAUAUGGAUGGAUUAUUAUUAGACACAGAGAGGUUGUACACAGUUUCAUUCCAGGAAGUCUGUGACAGGUUCAAUAAGCAGUAUACAUGGGAAGUGAAGUCCUCUGUGAUGGGCAAGAAAGCUUUGGAGGCAGCCAGGAUCAUAAGAGACAAAAUUGAUCUGCCCAUGACCCCCGAAGAGCUCCUGGAGGAGACCAGAAAAAUUCAGGAGCAAUUAUUUCCCACGGCCUCUUUAUUGCCAGGUGUAGAAAAGCUCGUCAAGCAUUUACACCAGCAUGACAUUCCUAUUGCUGUUGGCACAAGCUCAGCAGGUCUAACCUUUGAGAUGAAGACCAGCCGUCAUAAAGCAAUCUUCAGCCUCUUCAGUCACAUUGUACUUGGAGAUGAUCCUGAAGUAAAGAAUGGCAAGCCACACCCUGACAUUUUUGUGGUUUGUGCCAAAAGGUUCUCUCCCCCAGCCAACCCUGAACAGUGCCUGGUAUUUGAAGAUGCUCCAAAUGGUGUAAAGGCGGGUCUGGAAGCUGGAAUGCAGGUGGUCAUGAUCCCAGAUGAUAAACUGGACCGUAGCCUCACCCAAGAGGCUACCUUGCUGCUUAGAAGCAUGGAAGAGUUCAGACCAGAACUUUUCGGUCUCCCAGCCUACCCGUAAAGACAGUAAUCAGCACAGAGAUUUAAAUCCCAAUACGAUAUAUCUUGUGAAUUUUUGAAAACAAAAAAUGAAUCAGGCUGCAGUGUAGCUCCUGCAAUCAAAAACAGGACAAACUAAUCUCAAGCAAUAUUUCUGUCAGCCAUGGAUUUGCUGUUCAGGAAGUUAACAGAAUGCUGAUUGUUUCACAACUCUGGAUCUCUUUUCUUUGAUCAUCCGAAUAACACAAAUUUUGAUUAUGCCGCUCAAUUAUACUCAUUCAAACCAUUAGGCCAUAAUGACAUUUUUCAUUUCAACCAAUUACAGGGUGUAAUUUUCUUUCUUUCUUACAUUUUUUUAAUUGUAUUUUUUCAUCCAAAUACAGAUGUCUUGAGUGUUUAUGCUUGUGUCUUUGUGUAAUUAUCUAAUUUGGUGCAGCUUUCAAGCUCACAACUUUCUUGUUUCUCGUCAUGGUUUAAAUUUACAGUAAGUGAUGGUAUACCAUUCCCGUUCUCCAGCCAUGUUUUCUAUUAGUAUUACCUUUCCGCUUUGCAGAGUUCUUUUAAAAUACCAAAGAGAUUUUUGAGUUUGAACCAAGUGGCGUAAUCCAAUAAAAGGGAACCGAGA